UCGCCGAGGUGCAAACCAGCCGCGAAUUCGAAAGGCGGCCAGUCGCUGUUCGCGCGUCGACGAUGACGCGUCGUGGGCUCGCUCGGGCGCGUGAUUAAGACGGACGACCGCUUUCGCAAGAUUGUGUCGAAGGGAAAAAGAAUUCUGACGGCAGAAUUCUACGAAGGGAGCGCGAUGUUCGAGAUGGUCGCACGCUGUCACCAACGAAAUUGGAUCGCGUCAGUGUCCCGGCAGGGAACUACCGGAAGUACGAACGCCGUAGCAAAAGACUCUCCGAAUCGGCGAUUCGCGUGAGAGGUGUACCGAUGUCGAACGAUCAUCAUCGAGAGGCAAUGAAUUCAGCAGGAGACCGAGCGCGGAUUAUGACCGAGCCAGAAUCACGUAACGUCGCGUGGCGUGUGUUACGUACCACGACAAGAUCGAGAUAGCUUCUCGUGGUGCAAGUAGGAUUAAGCGCGAUUAGACGCCAUUUAAUCGCACGGCAAGCCGGAGCGAAAAUUGAAAGCGUCGGAUCCGGCGGUUUUCAAGCACAGACAUGUCGGGGCGAUCUCGUGGUCGGCUCGACGCGGGAUUGUCUGGCGCCGGUCUGGCAUAAAACAGUCGGUGGUAAAGAAGGAGCGGCGGAACACGAAGAGAGAACCCUUUGAGAGUGCAUGACGGAGGGAGAGAGAGGAAAGGGAGAGAGAACGAGCGAGAGGCGCAAAAUGGGAGCAACGAGAUACGUGUUAAGCAGCGUGAUCUUAGGACUCUUCUGGAGCAGCUUACUCAAGGGCGUCCUAACCAACUCGACCAGCAGGUGCGACUAUCCGCCCUGCUCCUGCGACCACUACGGCAGAUUGACCUGCGACUGCAAGGAGGAGGGCGAGGAAUUGAUUCUGACGACGGAGGGGGACAGACGACUGAGUCCGCACACCAGCAGGAUAGUGGUGAGCAACUGUUCGUCCGUGAUUCUCGCAAACUCCAGCCUGGCCUCGAUGACUGGCCUACGAUCCGUGGAUCUGGUGAACGUGGCAAAUCUGACUCUGGUCAGGCAGAGUUUUGAGCUGUCGUCGCACAGCGCGCGCACGCGGAUCUCCGUGCGGAACAGCAGCAUCGAUGUGAUGCCGAGCUUCGUGUUUCGCGGCGACGUCGAGGCGAUCACGUUCGAGAACGUGCGAAUCGGCCAGCUGAGUGCCUUCUCGUUCGCCAAUCUGGUUCACACGGACACUCUGCGACUGGAGAACUGCCACAUCGAGACAACGGAAGCGCAGGCCUUCAAAAAGUUCGACGUUGGCUACCUGCACGUAAUCGGCGGCACCUUCGGCGAUCAGAUACCUAGCCGCACCAUGAACGACAUCGAGGUUUACCACAAGUUCAUGUUGGACGGUGUGAAAAUGGGCGUGGUGAGGAGCAACGCUUUCAUCAUGAAGAGUCCGAGAACAGUGGCCAUACAGAACUGCGUGAUCGAGAGUUUGGAGAGCGAGGCGUUCGACGUGACGGCACGUGGUGCCGUGAUCAUCAAGAACAAUACAUUCGGCAGUAUCAGCGUGGGCGCUUAUCUGGGUAUCCGCGCGGAUCGCGAAAACAGACCGCCGUCAUCGUCGUCGCUGGUGCACGACUUCAUCUUCAAGAACAACAGCGUGAGCAGCUUCGAGGAGGGCUCACUGAUGUUCGACCGCACGAGCUUCCGAGUAGAGAUCGAUAAUCUUCUGAUCGCACAGCCCUGCGACUGCCAAAUGUUACCCGUGUGGAGGAACAACGUGCUCAACUACACGAACGUGUACUCGCGGUUCUACGCGAGGCAAAACUCGCUCGUGCCACCCCAGUCGCAGUCGCAGGAAGCCAUCAGCGAGACUCCGGAGACUUUCCUGUGCCUGGACGGUGGACUGGAGGACGGUGUGCCGACGAGCUUCGCCGAUUAUGAGACGCGUCAUUGCUCACUCGGUGGUUCCAUGCUCGUUGUCAUUCUCAUUAGCGUAAGUGCCAUUCUCGCGUUGGUCGCGUGCGUGUGUCUGAUCGUCUGGUGUUGUCGUAGACACAGACGAAAUAACCGAAAGAAGUGGAUCAGCGUGCCGACCAACGCACCUGACGUCGUCUCGAAGAAGAACGGGGUGAUCGGCAGGGAAGCUGCGACGUCCGGCGCACCGGUCGACAGUAGGAUAACUAUGGUGGUACCGGAUGGCAGGUUGUACCGGGAGACCGAGUUCCACGUGAUCGUCGAGAAAGCCGAGCCGCUCACGACCGAGUUGUAACGAGACGCCCCGGGCGUCUCGACGAAGAGGCCUAUGUUCGUCGCUCCCGCUGAGGAGGAACUCGAGUGGGCGGAAACGUCGAGUCGCUUUCGAGUGUACAAACUGUGAGAGUUGUGAGGGACGCUGUGCGAUUGGCGCACGAUCGGCGCCAGUAAAGAGGAGCAAAAACUUAGAUCGUUCUUCGAAGAAUGUGAUGGGGAACCUUCCCGACGAAGGGAAACCUUCUCGGACGUUAAUAGCGCGCGCAUGUGAACUUGUGUAAAUUGUGUUGCUGCUUGGGAAAAUAGUAAAACGCAAAGCGUACACAGUCCCGAACGUGUCCCAUUCUUUUUUAAUUUAACUAUCGACUAUCUUUCCUAGUACAACGCAGUUCGUAAGCUUCCAUUCACAUAUCACGAGCGACAGCUGAUUAUCCGUUGAUUAUUCCUCGUAUGAAACGAGGCUGAAAGCCGGUAACGUUCCAUAAUGAUCAAAGCGAAAGUUUUUUUUUCAGAACAAGUCGUGGAUUCGGGUAAUGGGUUGUCGCUGCUAGUUAAGUUCACCAUUAAAUAUCUUUCGGCAGAAAGAGAAAGAAAAUGAGAAAGAGUCAGUAUGUCGUUGAAUAUGAAGCAACCUUGUCAAAAUGAUGCAGCUUAGAAAACAGGUAGAGAGAGAGAGAGAGAGAGAGAGAGAGAGAGAGAGAGAGAGAGAGAGAGAGAGAGAGGAGAGAGAGAGAGAGAGAGAGAGGGAGGGAGAGAGAGAGAGAGGGAGAGAGAGAGGGAGAGAGAGAGAGAGCGAUAAGAGCAUAACUUGUGUAGAGAAAAUCCUAAACUCGCUGUCUUGCGUAAGAUACGCGAUUGGAUCGACCUUUCGCACUCCCGUUGCUUUAAGUUCAUCGAUCGAUAGCGAUAGUACCGGUUAUCGACGUGACAUUACGUAUUAGUGAGCGUUUUGAGCGAAAAUCGCGGUAUAAAAGGACCAAAUAAUGGAACGACCGCUCGCUCGGACAGCCGUGCCAUUCCUGGAGUAGUGUCGUACACAAUUCGUGACCACUCCAUAAAAAUUCUGAUCUCUCGAACGAGGACAAAGUGAACAGACAGAGGCACAAUACCUCGCUGUAAGCUUUCAUAUCAAAAUCGUUCCAGAAUUAUCAUUUUUAUAAAGAUUGACAGCUGAUGUACCAUUUCGCAAAUAAACCGGUAAGAUCAAUUUAGUAAGACAAAAACCUGUCUUACAUCUCACACGUGGCGAAUCUAUCGACAUGAUAAUGACAUGUAUCAGUCAAAUGAAAUGUAACAUGUAGACCCCGUUUAUUUUUCUCAAUUAAAAGCUAUGUUACUUAUUUUGUUGUACAUGUGAUAUAUAUGUACAUUAUUUGAGAUGAGAAACUUAGAUUAAUUAUAUUUUUUUUCUAAAACAGUUUUUUUCGACACGAGUGCUUUAUGUUAACUUUUUAAACGGUAAAUAAAUAACGAUUCGUUACACAGUCGUUCUGUCCAACUAAGUUUUCAAUUUUUUGUUAAAAGAGAAACGUUAAUUUGAAAUUCCCAAAAAUAUAGAUUCGCCACUUUUUAUACACAUUUUUGCGAAAGAAAAAAUCUGUCCGAUAGGAAACCGAUAUAAGUUUAAUUCUUACGUGCGUCGCGUUGUAAAAUCCAUUUAUCGUUUCGUUAUUAUAUGUUGUUCUAUUAUCCUCGAUGUAUUUAUUUAUGCUUGCUAUAUCGAACUUGGCAAUAAACUGUUGUUAUUGUUACUAUAAUUUACACUUGAUUUUAAAUAAAUGUCGGCAAUCAAAAGUUAUGAUAGUUUUACAGGAUAUGCUGUAUGUUAAUAAUACAACGUUUUAGCGAAACUAAUGAACCAAACGACGACUACUUCAAAUGUACAUCUCGUCAUAGCGAUAUUCUUCGAUACGUUUAAUCUGCGUGUAACAAAACCAUUUUAAAGGACCUGAUUAUGGAUGAGCAUGCUCCCCUCAACCACAAUUGAUGAAUGCAAAUAAACGUUAUCCCUUUCCCUCCAAUUAAGAAGAGGCAUAUAUUGCGACAAUUAAUUAAUAUUUUGAUAACCAUAAGAAGAUACUUCGCUAAUUACGUAAAACAGUGAAAUAAAAUCUUUUUUGUCAGAAAUCUCGUCACGUAUCGUAUGAACGAAUUAAUUUAUUGAGCACAAGGCCCGAGCACUCAAAGUACUUGAAACAGAGAUAAGCAAUGCCUCGAACAUUCGAAAGAGAACAGACUUGAACCUCGAAAUUUUUUGUACCUCUUAUAUAUAAUAUCUUGAACUCUGACAUAAGAGAAAUACGUCCUAUUAACAUCAGCGUAUCGAAAAAUCAGAGUCUAAUACAUCGCGACGUGUGCAGGUAUGUAUUGGUAUAUACGUGUGUAAUUAUGCCAUUGCGGCGAACAAAAUCUCAGUUUGUAACGUCGUGUAUAGUUAUAAUAAUUAUAAUCGUGAGACUGUGAUAUAACUACAGUCGCCGACUGUAUAAUUUGUUUCGCAUUGAACGAUCGAAGAAAUAAAGAUGAUACCAAUAAUA